CGAACCCAUAACGCCCUCUUUUUCUUCGUCCACAUUGACGGAAGGUGCAACUGUCCUUGGUCGUGCCAAUCCAGGCUCAUCCAACACUUAUUCGUCAACAUUAGAUAUUGAAGUUAACACAAAAGUACCAAAAUGCCCCCAAAAUUCGAUCCAAAUGCUAUUCAUGAAAUUUUUGUCCGAGCUGUAGGAGGGGAAGUCCCAGCAACAGCAUCCUUGGCUCCUAAAAUUGGUCCCAUGGGUUUGUCUCCCAAGAAAAUUGGUGACGACAUUGCAAAAGGAACAACAGAUUGGAAGGGACUAAAAAUUACUGUCAAAUUAACGAUCCAGAAUCGACAGGCUAAAGUCUCGGUCGUUCCCAGUGCUGCUGCUCUGAUUAUCAAGGCUUUGAAAGAACCACCACGAGACCGAAAGAAGGUUAAAAAUGUGAAACACAGUGGUAACCUGACGUUAGAAGAUAUUAUCAAUAUUGCCCGACAGAUGAAACAUAGAAGUAUGGCUAAAUCUCUUGCUGGUACCGUUAAAGAAAUUCUAGGUACAGCACAAUCAGUAGGAUGUACCAUCGAGAAAUCUCAUCCACAUACAGUCAUAGAAAAUAUUGAUGCUGGGGAGGUUGAAAUUCCAGACGAGUAAAUCUGGUGAUGGAAGAAGUCAUGAAGAUUUUUUUACUUGUAAAUAAAAUUUUCUUGAUUCAA